AUGGACGAGGAAGAAAUCUGUCGUGUGUGUCGUUGUGGAGCGACUCCCGAACAGCCUCUGUUCCAUCCUUGCAAAUGUUCUGGCAGUAUACGUCAUGUGCAUCAGGAUUGCUUGACGGAAUGGCUUUCACACAGCAGGAAAAAAUAUUGCGAGCUGUGUGAGCAUCCAUUUGCCUUUACUCCAGUGUAUCGCGAGGAUAUGCCUGAACGCCUUCCAUGGAUCUUGUUUAUUCGACAGCUCUACAAAAAGACAAUCACCAUCCUAUGUGUGGCUACUCGAGCAAUAUUUGUUUCAUGUACUUGGUUCAUCUUGAUCCCAUAUUUGACCGUGUGGAACUGGCGCUUUUAUCUCUGGAGCGGAGAAAACCUUGCUGCACAGCUGGAUCGUCUUCAAGAUGCCCGAAACACUACGCACGGACCCUCUAUCAAGAGCAAUGACACAGCGGAUCCAUCAUCAUUCAGCAAUAAUACAUCAUCGGCCAAUGACGAUGGAAGUUUAUAUGCGUUCUUCAAUCAAAUCGAUAUGAGGACUUUUUGGAGCGAUUGCUUUGAGGGACAAAUGAUUGCUUGCAUUGUGGUUGUGCUAUUUGCAGCGGCUUUUUUAUUGCGUGAAUGGCUUGUUCAGAAUAUCCCCACCGAACUCGACGUGGAUGAAGAGGAGGAAAACGAUCAAAGAGCUGAGACACCCCCUUUAGCGCCAACUAUCGCAAGAGCAGAAUCGGACGAGGAUGAUUUAACGGAUGAGGAAUUUUAUCAUCAUAUCGAACCACCACCUAUGGAUUUAAUGUUACAGCAACCUCAUCGCCCUCAUCACAACGGCGGAAGAUACACUGAGAACUUUAUCGAGUCGAAUGAUCACAUUUUCAGAGGAGAGGAUGGCAGCAGCAAUAGCAGCAUCGGUAGCGAUUCCGAGGAUGAAGAAGCUGAUCAUGAAAUGCUUGUACCACGUGGUGAGCCACCCAAUGCACCUUUUAUGCGACACAUGGAUCAUCAUCAACAAAACUUUGAUAUACAACAGCAACAGCAGCAGCAGCGUAGAGAAGAACGUCAUCAUCAUCCACAGAACAAUGCGGCACUAGCAGUAGUGGAGAACAAUAAUGAAAUGGAAGAGGAGAAUUUGGGUGACGAGAUUGAUGGCGUCCUUGAAGUGAUUGGAAUGCGUGGCAGCUUUUGGAUGUUGGCACAGAAUUCUUUGCUUAUGACCUUACUCAUCAGCCUUUGCCUGGGGAUCACUAUUUGGAUGCCGUAUAUUGUGGGGAUUAGUUUCUUCAUGGCAACACCACUUGAAAUCGUAAACGGUGUCUUAUGGCUUGUUCGUAAAGCGACGGAUCCAAUCUUGGACAGCAUCUUUUACCUUUGUAUUGCACACAUUUGGCCAUUUGUCAUGGAAUUCUAUCGGUCUUAUCUCAAUCCCCACAUCUCGCAUUAUGUGGAAAGCCUUGCUCAACACCCAUUCGCAUCCAACUUGAUGGCAGUAUUUCGAAGCUGUGAACGAUUUGUAUAUUACAUUUUUCAGACGCAUGAUAAUCCAUCAUCUUCCAAAGCCGUCUCCUCCUCCUUCUUUGACAACGCUCGUUCUUCUGUUGCAGGAUCAACAUCAACAUCACCAUCAUCAUCGUUGGCACUUGGAGGAGACAACCUGUGGAUCACAUUACAGCAUUAUCUUGACCAAGUACAACCAAUAUUGGAAUCGAUAUCGAGUAUCAGUCGUGGAUUUGCUAUUGGAAAAACGGGCUAUGAUCGAUUCAUGUGUGUAUCAGCUGGCUAUGCCGUGAUAUUUUUACUCAUCGCCUCGGCUCAUGUACGCUCGUCCCAUGGUGCUCACAAUGAAGGAGGUGGCAUGUUUACAAAGACGUUUCGACAAGUGAUACGGCAGCAAAGCAUUAUUCUCAAAGUGGGCAUGUUUAUUACCAUUGAGCUAUUGCUAUUCCCAAUUGUGUGUGGCAUUCUAUUGGACGUAUCUUCAUUACCGGCAUUUCGAAAUGCUACCAUCAGCAGCCGCAUCGAGCAUCUACAAGGUUAUCCACUCGCAUCCAUAUUCCUACAUUGGUUCCUUGGCACAGCUUUCAUGUUUUUGUUUGCUGCAGUCAUCACCAUGUGCCGUGAAUGCAUCCGUCCAGGAGUGCUGUGGUUCAUUCGUGAUCCUAACGAUCCACAAUUUCAUCCAAUCAAAGAAAUCGUCGAACGUCCGGCUCUAUCACAGUUGCAGAAAUUGGGCGCGAGUAGUAUCCUCUAUGCCAUCGUCAUUAUCUCAGGUGUCAGUACAACUGCUUGGUGCCUCCAAUUACUAAGGCUUGACAUUUUACCUUUACGAUGGCAUAUGCUGCAGCCAUUAUCAACUGUACCUAUCGAUUUCCUUGUGAUGCACAUUGCUGUACCUGCCAUGAUACGCUACCUACAGCCGAAGGCAACCAUCAAAAAGCUGGCAAUGCAAUGGAUGAAACUUUUGUGUCGCGGCUUACGUUUAUCAUCGUAUAUGCUCGGGGAACGUCAUCUUGAUGAAGAAGGUGUAUAUCGACACCCCUCCAACAAUCAACCAUGGCGACGAUUAUUGUUUUGGAAUCGCCAGCAUCCGUCUUUUGCGACACCUACCAGCUAUGAUUACAUCGAUGGCACAACAUCCUUUAUGCGUGAUGGUCAAUUUGUACUUGCUCCCAAACUCGACAACAUCCCAUAUGUACCAGGACGCCGUAUGCUGGUACCUGUUGAUCCAGAAUCCCUCCAAAUCUUGGACCCUGUGGAGCGUGAACUUGGCCACCCGGCAGCAUCGGGUACUGAUGACAUCUUAACCAAUACCACCAUCGUGUAUCUACCACCACUCUUCAAGCAACGCAUGACAUUGUUCCUAUUCAUCAUGUGGACAACAUCCAUUGCCGCUGCAUGUGCCGCAACAGCCUUGCCGAUAGUAUUGGGACGAUGGGUAUACCAUACUGCACUUGGCCCAUCGGUGGAAGUACAUGAUGUCUAUGCAUAUUUUACUGGUGGAUUUCUACUGGUGAUGUUGACAUUGUUAAUUGUCCAUGUGGCCAAAACGAUUGCCGGUAUGUAUCGGUCGACAAGUCCUUCGAUGGCAUAUGGUUAUUUGAAGCAAAGGUUAGGGAUGGCCUUUUACUUGGUCGCCAAGCUGUUGUAUAUCGGUGUUACGAUGGGAUUGAUGAUUCCGGUGCUUCUGGGCUUGAUUACGGAAAUGUAUUUGGUAAUGCCAAUGCGAGAUUUGGGUACCCAGCCACCCUCAAUUGAAUUGUUGCCAAUAUGGACACGUGGAUUUGUGUGUAUGAGCAUCAUCCGUGGUAUGACAAACCUUGUACCUGAAAACGAAUGGCAUAAUCGAGUCAAUGCGAUCUUUCAGCCCGAUCUUCACGCUGUCAAUAUCCGUGAUCUUACCACCAAAGUCGUGAUGCCGGUAAUGGCAGUGGGUCUAGCUGCAAUCCUGAUCCCAGUCGCUAGUGCGAUCAUGCUUAUCAAAUCGGGUGUUUUCGGUGAUAUGGACUCAACAACGCGUAUUCGGUUUAUUCAAUCAAUGUAUCCGGCUGCUAUGGUGACGGUCGUGGUGUAUUACCUAUGUCAUGUGGGAGCAAAAUUCAUGCAAAGCUGGGUACAAGCCGUUCGUGAAGACAACUACCUUGUUGGUACCAUUUUACACAAUCUCGAAAGCUAA